AUGGCUACUACUACUACCGCCUCGACACCCGCAUCCCGCGACCCCACCGCCGACGAAGCCCUCGCGCUGUUCAAAGGGAUUGAAGAAAAGUUUCCAGCCAAGACACUUGGAGAUGAUAAGUGGUAUCUUCUCGCUCUCUCAGUCAUAGUCAGCGGCGGCCAACCCAACUUCGUACCUUUACUCUACAAACACUUGAUUGCGCGGCCCGAGUAUCAGAGUUCAGAGGAGCGACAGAAGUUACUCCGGCGCAUGCGCGAGGUACUGUUUAAACUGGUGAUUAUCGUCGGUGUGUGUAGGCCGCUUGAGGCGGUGUUGGAUCUUGAUGCUGCAGUGGAGAAGGAGGAGGAUAGGGAUUUUACGUUUACGCGGUAUGAUAAGGGCUGGCAAUGCGACGAAGCGAAUUUGCAGCGCGGCGAAGCAUGGUUGGGGAAGCUGUACAAGCAUAAUCUUCAGGGCAAGAUUAUUAACACUUUUGAUGCUAAUAAGGAUUUUUAUUGGCUUACGAAAAAUAUUACAUACGGCCUCUUUCUGUCUGAUCACAACGUCCUGAACGAUAUCGAGACGGAGAUUACCGUCCUAACGGGAAUUGUGAUGCAGAAUCUUCCGCGUGAAUCGGCGUGGCAUCUGCGGGGCUUGCGGCGGAUUGGGGUGGCAAAGGAGGAUGUUGAGGUUAUUCGGGAGUGUUGCGAGCUUGCAGCGAAGUUUUGUGGCAUUAGUUUGCACAAGGUGCCAAGGGUGGAGGAUAUUGAGCAUGAGGUGUAG